CUGUCGCGUCCCUUAUAGCCAGCGUCGGGCCUUCUGACAGGUCCAGCUUGAUCUUCAGAAGCGAGGCCUAGUCGUGCGCAACUAGCUAUGGCGUCGUUGCUCUUCAAAGCACCACUUGACAUUGACAUCCGUCUCGAUGGCGAGGAUACACGCAAGCUGGUUGAUAUGAAGGUUGGCAAAGACCGCAAGGAGAAGGCGCCGCUGUAUGCGGAUGGCGAGACCGUCUCUGGCAUUAUUACCAUACGGCCGAAAGACGGACGCAGACUCGAGCACAGCGGCAUCAAAGUCCAGUUCAUUGGCUCCAUUGAGCUCUUCUUUGAUCGCGGCAACCACUAUGAAUUUCUAUCUCAACAAGCAGAACUCGCUGCCCCUGGAGAGCUGCGCAAUGCCGUUGACUUUCCCUUCAGCUUCAAGAACGUCGAGAAGCAAUACGAAUCAUACCACGGCAUCAACGUGCGCUUGCGAUACUUUGUUCGAGUGACAGUCUCGCGACGUAUGCCGGAUGUGGUGAGGGAGAAGGAUAUCUGGGUGUACUCGUACAAAAUGCUAUCGGAGCAGAAUGCGCCCAUCAAGAUGGAUGUUGGUAUUGAGGAUUGCCUUCACAUUGAGUUUGAGUACAGCAAGGCAAAAUACCACCUAAAGGAUGUCAUUGUGGGCAAAAUCUACUUCCUACUCGUCAGACUGAAAAUUAAGCAUAUGGAGCUGUCUAUUAUACGGCGAGAGACGACAGGCACGGCUCCCAAUCAGUACAACGAAUCAGAGACUGUGACCAAAUUCGAGAUUAUGGAUGGUGCUCCUGUCCGUGGUGAGACCAUCCCAAUUCGUUUGUUCCUGGGCGGCUUUGACUUGACGCCGACAUUCAGGGAAGUCAACAAGAAGUUCUCGACACGAUACAUACUGAGCCUGGUGCUUCACGAUUGUGAGGGACGUAAGUACUUCAAGCAGUCAGAGAUAUUGCUAUAUAGAGAGCCAGGCGAUGAGACAGAGGCGUCAGCAUAAUUUGACGUUCAAUGGCAUAAAUGAGAUAAGAUAGUUUUCGCAACGGCUCAGGCCAACCUGUAGCAAAGCUUCUCGGCGGAGACGCCGCCCUCCUGCUGUCGUUUGAAUCCGGCCAGAAUACCAUCAAGACCACCGUCGAGCAAUGUGACCUUGUUUGGCUUGAUGACACCCUUCUCGAGCAUCUCUGGAAGGGCCUCGAGUGUCUUGACCCAGAACGCCUUGUCUUCCUCGCUUGCAUGGAAUUCGAAAGGCCCAUAACUGAAGGAUCGUCCGAAGACCGUGUAAAUGAGAGUCAUGUCGGCAGUGAUCUUGCUGUUGAGCUUUGCAAUUUCGUCCUUCUUCUGCGGUGGCAAGAGCGUCGUAAUUUUACCGCCCUCAGAGG